CGACCCAGAGCCAACAAAGAGACUCACACAGGCACACUGUGGGGAGAACCGUGAGACAGUCAGCACCGGCAGGGGGAAACUUUACGGACACACCGUCACGAGGGCCCAAUUUUCCUCUACACAACACAGAGGCCGCAGCGCAAAAAACCUGCACUGUCACACACGUACACACGCACGCAGGCAGCGAACAGACAGCUCCCAGGGCCGCCAUGGACUUCCAAUCGAACAUCAUCCACGACUCCGGGCCGAUGGACAACCUGGAGAAGCAGCUCAUCUGCCCCAUCUGCCUGGAGAUUUUCUCCAAGCCCGUGGUCAUCCUGCCCUGCCAGCACAACCUGUGCAGGAAGUGUGCCAACGACGUCUUCCAGGCUGCUAACCCAUACUACUCGUCGCGUGGCACCAACAUCACAGGGGGGCGAUUUCGCUGCCCCUCCUGUCGACAUGAGGUGGUCCUGGACCGACAUGGAGUCUACGGCCUGCAGCGCAACCUGCUGGUCGAGAACAUCAUCGACAUCUACAAACAGGAGAGCAGCAGCCCGCGGCCCCUGAAGGCGAAGGUGGAGCAGCCUAUGUGUGAGGAGCACGGGGAGGAGAAGAUCAACAUCUACUGCCUCACCUGCCAGGUGCCCACCUGCUCCAUGUGCAAGGUGUUUGGGGCCCACAAGAACUGUGAAGUCUCGCCCCUACAGAGCGUGUACCAGAAACAGAAGACAGAGCUGUCUGAAGGUAUUGCAGCCAUAGUGUCUGGAAAUGAAAGGAUCCAGGCCAUCCUGACCCAAAUGGAGAACACCUGCACAGCCAUUGAGGAGAACAGCGAGCGUCAGAAGCGGUUGCUAGGGGAGACGUUUGACGGGCUGUACGCACUGUUGGAGGAGAAGAAGGGCGAGCUGCUGGCUCGGAUCGCGGUGGAGCAGGACACCAAGACGGCCUUUGUGCGCGGCCUGGCACAGAAGUACCGGCAGCAGCUGGAGGGCAGCUCCGCACUCAUGCAGACCGCCAUUUCCUCCAUGGAUGAGCCGGGAGAGGCCAGCUUCCUGGUGAAUGCUAAAAAGCUUCUGAACGAGAUAUCCAGCGCCUCACGCCUCAACGCGGCCGAGCGAAUCGAACCGGGGUUCGAGAACAUGGACCAUUUCACCGUCGACACCCAGCAAGUGGAGGAGCUGCUAAGCACCAUGGAUUUUGGCGUGGAUGAUGAUGAUGACGACUUUGAGGAUGAGGAAGGGGGUGCAGAGGAAGAGGCUGGUGAAGAAGCACAGCGGCCAAUGGGAGGUGAGCAGUGAGAGUCGAGCACAAGAAACAAGAUGCUGCUCUGGGGUGAUUUAAGCAGAGCCGAUGGUGGUCAAAAAGGAAGUGAAGAUAAGAAGACAGGGAAGGUGUUGACAGAUGAGAAGAAGAGGAGUUGGAGGAGGGUGGAGAUGUUUGUUGUCUCAGGUUUUAAAUGGUGCAACCUCGGGAAAAAUUCCAGGAGAAUCUCUCUCCCUCCCCUCACCUCUCUUUCUCUGUCUCUCUCUCUCUUUCUUCCUCUGACGCAUACCCACACACAAAGUGCAUAUCAGCCCUCUUUGAUGGAGGUGAGAGGUGAGAGGAUGGAGAACGUUUAUAAACUAAACCAAAAGGAAAGACUCAGGCAUAGGGCUUAGCUUUAAAACUAGUGAACGCUAUCCAAUUGCAGACGUGGAGGGUUUCCUGGUAGACAGCGCCCCCUGCGGCUGGCGCUGUGAAAUGCCUCUGAAUCUUCCAUACAAAGCAGGAAAACUUCUUUGCAUCAUGUCAUCAUUUAAUUCAUCAAUGGAAUGUUAUUUUUUAUAUAUAUACAUGCAUUGGUGCAAAAUGUAUGUUUUGUACUUUUUAUAUUUUUAAUGUUAUUGUGCUACUUGUAAUGAUUAAAAUAAUCAUUACUGUUGUUUUGUAUAUUAUGCCAAGAGUUGCCACGUAUUUUUACGCUGAAGGGUAUAAGGAGCAAAAAGACGAUGGGGAAACCUGGACGCGAAGAAGCACAUUUGUUUACGCUGGAAGGGUGGCAGAAAGCACGUACUGUACCGUAGGGGGCGGGCCAAAGACCCAGUCCUGUAGAUGUUUUGUGAUGUGUAGAUUUGUUGGCGAGAGAAGAUCAAGUUGUUAGGUGCAGACAUCAGAAGCUAGGUGCCAUAUUCAGGAAAAAAAAUGCACCUAGAGAUUUCACUGAAUGAAUGUAUAAAUUGCACAGUGGAAUAAAGUGUUGCUUUUCAUGUCAAA